UGAAAUAUUUCAGAAAUAUUUAGAAAAUAUCAUGUGCUGUGUGUGUUUAUACGUUAUUUUCUCAUUUUGUUGUUAAGUUCCUUUAUAAUUUUUUAUCAUUCUUUGCUCAUUUAAUAAAUUUUAUAGUUUUUCAUAAUUUUUUCAUUUCUUAGAAAUGUUGUCCCUUCUCUAAACUGAAUAACUUUUUCCUUAUAUUAUUCUUUUUUAAUAGAUUCUAGUCAGUUUUUUUUGCAUUUUUUCCUGUAUUUUUACAAAUUUCCCAAUCGUUCCUAUAUUUCAAUAGUUUUUUGUUCUCUUAUAAUAUUUUCUUUAAUUUUUUAAAAAUAUUUCUGUAAAUCAUUUCAAUUUUUUUUAAUUUUCAGAUUCUUUUUAUAUUCGUUUAUAAAUUCUUCUAUUUUCUUACAACAUUUUAUUUUAUACAAUUUUUAACAUUUCAUAAUUUUUUUAAAAUUUAAAGCUGUUUAGUUUUUGUUGGAUUUGUAUCCUUCGCGGUAUAUGCUCUAUUGACUCUAGCGGUUACGAGUCUACGUCAUGUCCGUAUGCGCACGCACUCCCUCACACUCUUGCUCAGUAGCUUCGAUCGUGUGUUCAUUCAUCGAUAGUCUCUCUUAAUAAACGACCGUUUCUGUGAAUUAUAUCUGUGCUUCUUUUACUGAAACCUAUCCCAAAAUAAGCGCAUGCCGACAGGUUAUGGGCCCGGCAACAAUUCUGCUGCGCUAGGAUUAGUAAAAGAAACUUUUUUCGAGAAUUAAUCAUCGUCGCGUUCGGCGUGCUCGCGGCGUGUACAGACUUGCCUCGCGCGUCCAUUGUGAUCAAGUGCCCAGGAUUGUAACGAGUGAACUACGAGUUUUUACGAACAGUUAAAAGGAUUUAAACGACCGUUUGCAAUGACUGCGACAAUUAAAAAGGUGAUAGAUAGAUGCAGAAAGGCCCUGGAAUUAGAAAGUGAAAUUAUAGAAGUCCGGAUAGGGAUAGACGAUUCCUUCUUCAAGGCAACUUUUGCUGAAGGAGAAACGAUCAGUUUGAGCAAGAAUUCACUGAAAAACGAUUGGGACAAUUUGGUGAAAGAAAUCCGAGAACUUGAGAGGUUAGCUCCACCAAACGGCGACGUCAAAUGCAUAAGAGAUGCUAGUCCAAGUGAUUUGAAGGCCAAAGAUCCAAGUGACACUUCUCUAACAAGACCGGACCAAAUGUUGACAGAUAAAGAAGUCAUGAAAGACAUCAAUGAUUUUAUUAAUGGCAUUGAACAAAAUUCAGGUGUGUCGCCAGGAACUACAACGAGCGGUCCUGGAAACGACGAAAUUGAUCCAGUUAAUCUCGAUAUGGAGAAUAACAUUCCUCCAAUUGGUCCAAAUCAUCCUGACAUGACUUCCGACAACAAAAAUCAAAACGAUGACAGUAAAGACGGUAGUAAAGACGGUACUGACAAUUUGUUAACAAAUGACAGUAAUAAAAACUUGGUUAACCCUUUCAGUCACGCAAUUCAGAUAAUAACUAAAACAUUCAAAAUGCUAUUGUAUUUAUGGUUUUUGGGGUCGCUGAUUACGAAUAUGAAGUCAGAUUUGCAAAAUAUUAAAAAUUCAAAAUGGCGGAUCCAACAUAGCGGGUAAUUUUUUUAAAAUCAUUCUAAUUUUCCUGAAAUUUGUUACUCGGGGGUUUUCGGGGUCGCUGAUUACGAAUCUA